AUUGUAAUAGUAGGGUUGCCUAAGUGAAUCAGUAUAAUAUCAUUCGGAGAUUUGCUGCUGGUUUAUGUCACUUCGGUUCUUUCAGUUGAAUCAUUUUUAUUUUGGUGUCGUGUUGUGUCCUGUGUGGUGAUAUUGUUUAAUUAAAAUGUAUAAUAGCCUAGUGCUGUUUGUUUUUGGUUUGUUAUUAAUAGGCGCGUCCGGCCAAGAUCAACAGCCCGAACAGAGUGCCCUGACGAAGUUUUUCUACGACCGGUGCCAAAAGUACAGUCGUGAUGCGUCAGUCUAUGAUCGACUAAAGGCUGACGUGGGGGAUUUUAAAAAAUAUGCCAAAUACACGGCCACUUAUCUACCGAACCAAGUGGGACACUUCUGCAAACUGGAGCAGGGUCAUCUCAGAGGCAGGAUGAAAGCUAUAACCACCACCAUGACCAAGUGUUUGCCAGCUGAGGAACAUUUUUUGGGUGACUUCGUCUAUCAGAGCUUCAGGGGAUUCCUCCAUUUCUUGUGCGACAAUGAAGCCGAAAACGUCCAUAGUUUCUUCAGCAGUCAAGGCAGUGAUUGCCGUAGCAACAUAAACACCGAGGAAAUUACCCAAUGCUUCGGAAAGAUUUUCGCCCCUGUUGACGGUCGUAUACAAAAGAAAGAACUAUGCGAUAACCUCAAUGUGGCGCAGAAGUGUUAUUCACAAAGUUUGGACCGCCACUGUCCGAAUUUCAGGGCAUUCCAAAAACUCAACCAGGAUCUGUUCAAUUACAUUGAAAGACCAUGCUCAACUUCUGGAUCAAAAACGGUUUUACCAGCGGUGCAAGGAAUUUUCUUCGCACUGAUUUUCUGUCUAAUUAGAUUUACUUAUUAACUGUCCCUAAGAGUACAAAAUGUAUUUCAUUGUUAGGUUGACCAUCCGAAUUGUUUAUAUAGCUGAAAACGAUAAAAUAUUAUUAGAAUAUAUGACUUUUUAUCAAAUUUACUUGUGAUAAAAUUUUAUUUGGUAUUUUGCAAUUUAGAUAAAUAAUCGUCUUUUAGGCAAUGUAUCCUAGUCUAAAUAUUUUUAUCAUUCUAUAUAAAUGGGACUUAUUUUUUAUACUCAUUUGUAAUUGGCAAUCAAUUAAAAAAUAAACUUUUAAUUUUGGAUAAUCUAUUUAUUAUUUGCCUAAAAUGAUUAAAUGUGAUGCACAGGCGCUGUUUGUAUUUUUCUACAAUUUCAGUAUUAACUUUGUUAAAUUAUUCAUACUUAAUUGUGUUAUUAAAUAUGUACUUUAUAUCUGUUGUGUAAAUAAAAAUUUUAGGCUGA